AUGGCUGAGCAGGUAACGAAUGAGAACCUUCAGGUCCUCCUCACGAAGCUCAUGACGGAUCGCUUCUGCAGCCAGGAGGCGAGCGACCUCGACGCGUGCAUUCAGAACUUCGUCCCGCAGCGGAUUGACGGGAGUCGCAUCGAUGAGAGCCUGCAGCGACGCGGGAUGAGGAAAUGUCAGCCCUACCGUGAAGCCACGCAGCGCUGUUUGGAGGAUCAGAAGAAGCAAUCGGCGGUUUUUCGCGCCGCCGCCGCCGCACCGGUGUGCAGGAAGGAGCAAAAAGCCCUGCAGCAAUGCCGACAGGUUGCCGGGCGGGAUUGCGAGCACGAGGCGCUCGAAACGAUCUACUGCGGGAUGGUGUAUUUAGUGCAGAGGCAGAAGGAACGACAGCGAUUCGCCCCUUCUGAUUAGGCGCGAGACGGACGCUCCAACAUGCAUAUAUAUAUAUAUAUAUGUAUAUAUAUGAUGUGUUUAGUCCAUACUAGUCGUCAAGGCCCCCUUCCUCCAAAAAAAGAAAGAAGCAACGGAAAGCAGGUGGCUCCAGUAAGUGUUAAAAUCUUUGAUGGAUUAAUGACUGUUGCGUAAGUGGUAUUAAGCUGUUAGUUCUGAGCGGAUUGUGUGUGAAGUCCAUCCCAUCAGUGGGGAAAGUGUUAGGGAACGGGUGCCGUUUGUGAUCCGUCUGUUUCUUAGCUUUCUGGUGACCUAUUCCUCUGGGAUUCACAUGAACAAUGGUACCAAAAAGUCUAAAAGAAUAACUAAGAUUAUGUGAAUUAUGGUGAAAAUGAAGUGAAUUUGAAAAUUAUAGUAAUACAUAUAAACUCCAUUAAGAUACCCUGUUUCAUUGUCUAAGGACAAGGACAAUGUCAUAAUGGGGAGGGAGGUUGUAACGUUGGAUGGUAGCUUCGAUGCUUAACGUAUUCCUUGUUUCCCGUCCUGUGCUAUGAUUAAGCUAUACUCACUUAUUCUUUCCACAAUGCCAUCCGUUUCUAAUUAA